GACGUGAAACACGUCCUUUAAUCGUCAUUGUUUGUGGUCCAUCCAUUUCUUGAUAUGACAUAUGAAAGAGAUGAUCUUUCUGACAAUUUGCAAUUCCGUGCAUAGAUGAAGGUUCAGCAUAGUCAAAACAUGCUCAUUCAGACGCACGUCAUAAUCCUACGUAAACGUAGUUCGAUGAUCCACUUUUCGUGCGUCCAAACGCCGUCAAAGAUUCCUGAGUGAAUGCGAUUCCUCGAGGUUCGAUGGUUGGUUUUUCAGUCGCGUCAGGGCACUCGACCAGUGUUGAGCUCUUCAUCCAGGUAUGAAGGUUUGAGACUGUGGUGUUGUGAUAAUUAUCAUUUCAUACUCUAUUAACGAAGAUGCCGCUUCCGAUGACUGCUUGGGUCUACUGGAUCCUAUUACUGUGUUCAUUUAGUAACGGGGGUGUUCCUCACGUUGAAGCGAAAGGUUUGCAAUAUCACGAAUAUGUCUUGUAUCCGCCUCACACCCUAUCCAAGUGCCCCUUGGGUCACACCCACAUCGCUGACCAACGAGAUUGCCACGUGUUCUACCAUUGCAAGCGGACUUAUUGGGGCGUUCAGAUGAUCCAGAAGACUUGUGGCGACUAUAUGAUGUUUCAUCCUGUCUCCGAAGUAUGCGAUUGGCCUUUUAAAGUCCGAGCCAUUCGACCGGAAUGUUAUUACGAAUCCAUGUCUUUGGGCCUUUGGCGCCCCGUGAAGCGACCCGCAAGUUCAUUGAACGAGCCAAAGGCUCCUCCCGAAAGGAAGGUUGACAAGAGGCCUUUGAUAUGGAAGCUGAUGGAUAUGUCCACUGACAUUCUUCGUCGGGAUAAGAUCAAGAACAAUGAGGAUGGCCAAUUGACACCACCUGUUUCUAAUGAGAUCCAUUCAAACAUACCACAAAAGGAGGAGAGUCUUCAGUCAAUCACAGACACAACCACUACAACAACUACAAGAGCAGCAACUGCAACAACCACUAACACCACCAUCAUCAUCACCACCACUACAACAACUCGUCCAAUAGAAACCGAGGUGGUUCGAUCAUCGUUUCCUUUGAAUUCAACUCCAUCCAAGGAAUUGUCCAACCUGGACAAGACAGGAGAGGACGUGGAAGGGGAGGAAGAUAACCAUCCAUCAGGAGAGGCGACAAGACAUUCACAUGUUCACGUACAGGGAGUAUGCCACCACGACCCGGACCCUGAUUUUAAUCCUAUGGCAUCUCAAGAAGGGGUGACUAAUGAGACAAAUCGACCCAGCCCUCCUCCUCCUUCACCCUUCAUGGGCACUCACACAAUGGCCCAAAGCAAUCCCUCUCCUCCUAGUCCAAUGAACCCGAGGAUGCCCGAUAAUGAAUCCUUGCUACACUCCAUCUCGAAAUUAAGUUUAAAUUCCAGGCUCAGCUUGGCCAAUGAUAUCAAAGAGAAAUUGGAGAUGGAGAAGCGAAGGCAAAAACUCCGAAAGAAGAGCAAAGUGAAUGGCGAACAUCGAUCUAGGAAAUGGAAGAGUAUCGUUUCCCCCGUGAAUGGGAAAUUUAGUUUACGCACUAUGCGCGUGUUCACGCCCGGAAAUUUCACCGCCUUAAAAAACGAAAGAGGAACGUCGAGCUCAGUCAAGAGAGCACCGCUCACCAAACUCAAGGCGAAUCCGUUCAUCAAUAUCAAUAUCCUCUAGACCAAAACGUAAUCCAUAUCUGGCUGUGACACGACCACCUUUUUAGAUUCAAUUAUUUCCACAUGGAAUAUCAUUUCCCCUUAUGUAACUUGCUCUUUUCCUCAGAUUCCAUGAAUCUAGGUGCCAUCAGGAAUGUUUAUUGUUGCCCAUUACGUACACGAAAUACAAGUCAUGAAGAUACUUUG